AUGUCCUUGUUUUGUGCCGUCAAAUCCGGCAAACGAUUUAUCCGUUUCGGUAAAUUCAUCAACGUUGGCGCUGCCCAUUACCAAUUUUUUCCCAUUACCGACAAACCAGUACCUGGAUUUGGAAAUUUCAAGGAUAGACUUUUUGGCGUUCGGUCAGUUUACGGCACGAGUAGCUUUGGUUUUAAUACAAACCAAGUUUGGAGCGAAACCCAUAUAUCAAUGCCAACAAAGGUUUCGUCCGUACGGCCGACAAGCACCAGUCGAAGUGUCGCAGAAGACAAGGUUUUCUUUGCGGAAGUGAGUUGGGACCACCGUCCUAUUUCUCUAUCGGGCCAUUAUGGAACGGUCAGGAAAAAACAGACAUUUGGGAGAAAACUUUCAGUCUUUUUUGCAGAAUUUGAGAGUGGACAUACAUUAUAA